CACCGCGCAGGCCAAAAAGGCCCCCACUCCUCUCCACUAUUAUACAAUCCCUAUCCAUUGUUUUUUAGUUUCCAUUGGCACUUCUUCGACUCGACUCCCUCCCCAGCGUACAAUAAAAGCAAAUAUUGUUAGGCACAAUUUAUUCUUCUAUUCUAUAUCAGCAACAAAUCAGGCAGAGCCGCAGGAACAAAAAUCUCUCACACACUCAGAAAUCCAACAAGUCCACCUAUUAUUUGCCAAAUCCGUGCAACUCUUGUUUCCUUUUUAUACCUAACCCAUCCAUUCCAACCCUUGCUCGCUAGCUCGCGCGGGCCUCAAUCAAACAAUUUCCUCUCUCUCUGCGGCUUUUCAUCGAACAGAUUUCCUACAGAACCCAAUUCAGGUUUUCAGGUUGUUUACUUGAAAAAACGGGAUAAAGUAGUUUUCAUUACUUAUAUAGCACCUGGGUUUUGGCUUCUGAUAAGGAAACAUGAUUAGGCUAUUCAAAGUAAAGGAAAAGCAGAGAGAACUUGCUGAAAGUGCCAAUGGUGGGGCACCUAUUAAGAAGCAAAGUGCUGGAGAAUUGCGUCUUCAUAAAGAUAUCUCUGAGCUGAAUCUACCAAAAUCGUGUAUCAUAUCAUUUCCCAAUGGCAAGGAUGACCUGAUGAACUUCGAGGUUUCCAUUCGACCUGAUGAAGGAUAUUACUUAGGUGGCAAUUUUUUGUUCUCCUUCCAGGUUUCUACCAUCUAUCCACAUGAGGCACCAAAGGUUAAGUGCAAAACCAAGCUCUACCAUCCAAAUAUUGACUUGGAAGGCAAUGUUUGCCUCAACAUCUUACGUGAAGAUUGGAAACCAGUCCUUAAUAUAAACACUAUCAUCUAUGGAUUGUAUCAUCUUUUCACAGAGCCAAAUUAUGAAGAUCCCCUUAACCAUGAUGCAGCGGCAGUGUUGAGAGACAAUCCCAAGAUGUUUGAAGCUAAUGUGAGGAGGGCUAUGGCCGGUGGGUAUGUGGGGCAAACCUUUUUCACACGGUGUAUGUAGGCUUUGUAGCACUGACUGCUGGUUCACACAUUUCAUCUAUGAGUGGAUGCUCACCGAUUGGAUUGUGAAUUUAUUUGAAAAUUACAAUUUCUGUCGUCCCUUUGUGAUUUCUGGGUGGAGAUAGGGCAUUGUUCCUGAAAGAAGAAGCAAUUAAAACCCAAAUGAAGGUGGUGUGUUAUUGUAACUUUUGUGAUGCUGUUUGUAUAUUGAUAUGCAAUAUGUUAAUGUGGGACAAGGAUAGACUGGAUAUCCAUUAUUGGCAUAAAAGGACACAUUCUCUCUCUCA